UUCUUUCGAUUCCAUUGAAUCUCAUCCAAGAUAUAAUUUAUUGGAAUUUCUUUCAUAAUCCCGAAAUAGGUACCUGUGGUUCUUCCAGACCAAUGUUAUAAUACUUAGAGAUUCAAAUAAGCUUGCAAUAUCCUCAUCAUAAAGACCAUUUUUAUUUUGAGCUCCUUUUAUUUUUCGAGGACUUGUAUUUCCUUGGAAUCGAUAGUUCAACACAUUACAUAUGUGUGUGCAACAUAUCCUUCAGGGAUAUAGUUCUUAGGAGCAUUAGCAGCUUCACUCCUUUGUGAUUAUUAAUUAUGCUUGGCAGUAGGCUUACUAAACUUGGCAAAUGAAUUAUCAUUGAACUUCAAGUUCACAUUACAAAUGUGAGGAUCAUAAUUCAUUUCAACCAAUUUUAGAAUAUGCUGCUUAUUUUUCUCCCCCUGAUAUUGGAAAGAUCGAAAUAACGAUUUCAACAAAUAUCAUACAGUUGAUUUACUAAUCUGCAAAAUAAUGGAGACUUCUUGCUCAACAUUAGUUUCCAAUAUCCUUUGAAGAACCCAUUAAUCAUCGAGAAGUAUUCUCUUCAUAUUGAACAUUCGUUCAUAUAUGCCCGUAAGUGAAUCAAUUGUGCAACCAAUCUCGCAAACUUCAGGUUGCAAGUGGAGUGAUCAUUUAGACGAUGCAUCGAUUAAAACCAUAAAAUAACUAAAUGAUCAAUAUGGUGCGUUGAUCCAAUAGUUUCACAUUGUAUAUAUUAAUUACUUCUCACUUUCACAGGUGAUCUCAUAAUCAACUUUUCUUGAGAAUAUACAACACAAAAAAACCCUUCAUUGUGGAAUCUUCAUAAUAUUCUCAACAAAGAUUUUCAUAAAUCCUUGAUUUUAAUUUGCAUCAUAACUGAUAUGGGAUGGCCCAACUGGUCAUGCCAAGCAAUCAAUUUAUAACAAACAUAAACCUCAGGUUUAUGUAGGGAUGGCAAACGAAACCGGUAACCCGAGAAUCCGCCUGAAUCCGACCCGGCCAACGCGGGCAAAAUCCGCUUUUGACGGGCGACUCGUCGGGCUCGGAUUAAUCCGAAUUGCCGUGUUACGGGUGAUGGAUGAGGGUCGGAUUCACUACUAUCCGCCCCGACUCCACCCCUAACAUAUAUAUACCCCCUUUCUUCCAGAAUUUCCCCUAGAAGAAACCCUAACCCACAGCCGCUCUCUGCCUCUCUCCCCUGACAAGCCUAAUUUCCCUCCUCAAAAAUAGAAAGAAAUGGUUGUUCGAUUGCUUCGUAUGCCUAAUUUAUCGUGCCUGCUGCCUUAUUCCACAUCCCCACAACGAUCCCUCCUUCCUUCCCUUAAUUAUCUUCUUUCCUUCCCCAUGGUGACGAUAAUUACUUUCCUUUUGCCGAGAAGAAUCGAUUCGACUGGAUUGAUGGAGCUGCAUAUAAAUAGAAGGUGAGUCUUUUUGUUCAUUCUUGUAUCUUCUUCCAAAAUCCAGAAUCAUAGUUCAAGCUCUCUGUUUCUCGUCUUCUUACCGGUUUGAUCUUUGGCUUUGAUAUGUGCAUGCGAGAUAUUGUUGCUGGGUUCAACAACAGACAUGGGCAAACUUGUUUAUCGUCGUUGCUCUCUCUGUCGGUUCAAGGUAAAAUUUCCUUCUGCUGAGAUAUUGUUUCUGGGUUCAACAACAGACCUGGGCGAACUUGAUUAUCUUUUUGGCUUUCAUUCUGUGUUUGUUGAGGUUCAUGAUUAAUUGAUUAUUGAUUUAUACUAAUCUUCCUAAUCUGUUUUUUGCCAGCAAUCAUGUCAACUGAAGAAGUGCAAGGGGCUGUCGUUUCUCAACAGAAUGAACAUGGUGCGAGUGGACCUGUUCUUGCACCUGCCAUCAGUGGAAACAAUGGCAACGUGGAGGCUGCACAGGCAGCACCUACGAGCCAGCUGAAUCCCAAUGUUGUUAAUGGUAAUGUUGAGGAGGUAAUCGAUCUUGGUAGACUUAAAAGUCCUGUCUGGGGUCACUAUACCAAGGUUCGGGUUAGUGGUGUUAUCAAGGCUAAGUGCAACUACUAUAAGAAGUUGCUAGGUGGAGAAUCUAACAAUGGCACUACUCAUUGAAAGAAUCACACAAAAAUCUGUGUUCAAAAGAAAAUUAAAGAUGGUAGUCAAAAGAUUCUUGGCCCUCAUUAUUUGGCUCAAGGAAAACAAGACAUGGUUGCUACUGCUUUCAACUCAGAAUUUUCAAAAAGGGAGCUUGCAAUUGCUAUCACUAUGCAUGAGUAUCCUCUGUCAAUUGUUGAGCAUUUGUAUUUCAAGAGGUUCAUGUGCUCUCUGCAGCCAUUGUUCACUGUACCAUGUAGGAACACUAGGAAAAAAGAGGUGUUUAAGAUUUUUGAUACAGAAAGGGGUAAGAUUCAAACUGUGCUUGAUAACAAUAAAAGUAGAAUAGCAAUAACUACCGAUAUGUAAACUGCCACAACUCAAAAGAAGGGAUACAUGGCUAUUACUGCUCAAUCGACAACUCUUGGGUGCUUAGGAGCCACAUGCUUAGGUAAGAUUUUGAUAACUUUCUUGAUUCUGUUUCAAACAUUAUAGAUUGUUUGUGUUGGAAUUAUUCCUAACUGUUUACGUUUGUGUUUCUUGUGUAGGUUUAUGUAUGUUCCAUCACCCCAUACGGGUGAAAGGCUUGGUAAAGUGCUCUUUGGUUGUUUGGUCGAUUGGAAUAUCGACAGUAAGGUAUCCGCUAUAACCUUGGACAACUGUAGUACUAAUGACUCUAUGAUCCGAGUCAUACAGUCAAAAUUAGUGGAUUCAUAUCUGAUUAGUGAAGGGUCCUUGAUACAAAUGAGGUGUUCUGUUCAUAUCUUAAAUUUGAUUGUGAAGGAGGGAUUGGAUGUUGUGAAAGAGGGAAUAGAAAAUAUCAGGGACA